CCUAAUCAAAAUUAGUUAGUAAUUAGUUCGUCAUUAUUUUAUACAGCUUUGUUAGUUACCUAUUGUAUGUGGAAUAUGAUAUGAAAUAAUCAUUUAUUGUAUAAAAAUCGGAUCGGUUUUAAAUUAAUUAAUUGUGUGCCUUCGUAUGGAGUGGCAGUUCAUAUCGUAGAUUUGUCAGGACUGGUCAACAAAAAAAACUUAAAAAUCCUAAAAAAUGGGCGACCUUAUAAAAGAAUUUGAUAAUCCAAACUUUAGCGUCGAAAGGUAUACCAAACAACUGGUCAAGGAGUGUGUUGGGGGACCCGAUCUCCAAAAAAAGAAGAAGGAAAUUCAAGCGUAUAGCGACAAGACCUCAGCCACUCUAAAGAGGUCUGUGUAUGCCAAUUACAUGCAAUUUAUUGAGACAGCCAAGGAAAUAUCAAAUCUCGAAUCGGAAAUGACUCAAUUGUCUCUGCUGCUACAUGAACAGCACAAUAUUUUGGCUUCUUUGACAGAUGGAGCUGCUGCAAAGACUGGAGAGGAUAACGACAAAGAAUUCCAUAAUGAAGAGGAAGCGGAAAAUAUGCAUGCCACCAGAGCUGUAAAGGAGAUGGUGCAAGGUUUCAAUGGCAAUUUAGAAGGAAAAACUUUUUUAUGUGAAGGGGCCUUGACAGAAUUGGAUAGUAAUGACUAUCGUCCUGUGCAGAGAGUAUUUUUCUUUCUAUUUAAUGACGUUUUGAUUGUAUGCAAAGUGAAACACGAUAAACGUCUUGAAUUCAUUUCUGAAUAUGACCCGAAAAAAAUUGCUGUAAUCAACAUCAAGGAUCUGAAUGGCGUUAAGAACGCUAUAAACAUAAUAACUCCUGAUGGUUCUAAGAUAUAUCAAAGUAUAACUCCAGCUGGCAAAACCGAGUGGAUUGAACAAUUUGAAGUAGCUUUCAGAUGGGACCAACAGCAGAAAAAACCUAAGAAAGGUCCGGCUCCGCAACCACCAAAGCCAAAUAAUUCCAAUAAUCUUACUGUAGAUAUAAGUCCAACAGACUCACAAUCAGCUGUAGUAAGAAAAGAAGAAAAUAUGGCCCCGGACUGGAUUCAUUCUGCCACCGAUGAAAUAGAAACAUUCAUAGCUCAGCGUCAUUUCGAAGAUGCUGAGUCUCUGAUUAAACGCUGCAAAGAUUUUCUCCAACAAAGCAAAACCUUUGUUGGAGUUGUUGAAAUCGAGGAAAAGGUCAUGCAGUUGGAGAGGCAAUUGGCGGAUGUUCUGCUGCAAGAGCUAUCAAAGUGUCAUGCACGAAAUUUGGAAGUCGCCCUAAGGUCAACUAGGCGCUGUCUUCAAAUUCUUGUAAAUAUGGGCAAGGCCCGUCAAGCGAGCGGUACACUGUUAAAGGUUUGCUCUAUAGGGUUAAGAACGGCACAAAAAGAAGCCCGUAAAAAUAAUGCCAAAAUAUCUGAGUUGUUCUUUUGCGAUUUAGCCCAAGUCGCUUGUGCAUUUUUAUUGUCAUUUGAAUCACAGCCCGCAUGCGUAAGUGCACUCGUUGUUUGGUGUAACGCAGAACUGCAAUAUUUCGCAAGUCAGUUAAAGAAACACUAUUUGACUAAAGGAAGUCACUUGGAAUCGAUUGCAAAAUGUGUUGAAGGAGUACGCAAACCAUGUGCGAAGCUAACAGAAAUUGGAUUAGAUCUCUCCUAUCACCUUGAAGGACUACUUCGAGCAGAUCUCGAAGACUUAAUAAACGAAUCCCGAUUACGACUUUUAGAGACGGUUGGUCGCACGGAUGACCCUUGGCAACCGUUCAAUUUGCAUACAAAGUCGAACUUGAAGCGUUUGUUACUAGAACUUGAAGUUCUCGGAAUUGAUAUGCGACCCCACACAACUGGAGACACGUGGAUCAACCUAACACAAUCUACUUUGAAUUUCACACGCCACUACUUGCAAUUGACAAAUCAUUGCGCUUAUCUGGCUAAAAGUGAAGCACUAUCCAAAUCUUGUCAGGUUCUAUUGAGAGAUCUAAUCAUUGCCCAACACUCCCUGAAACCUGACGCCAAUCUUAGCGUAGAUCCAAAUUUCGUUGCAAAAAAUAAGCAGUUCUUAUGCGAGGAGCUCCUUCCAAUAGCAAUUUCCAUUUUUCGUCGUAUUAGUGGCAGUAACCCAGAUAUACUUCGAACUAUUGGUAUAAUUCGGCAACAGCAGGCAGCCCCCAUCCCAAAAAAACGAAGUGUCUAUCAAACAGAUGUAUUUUAGUUCCACCAAAAACAUAGCGUAUGUGUACAUUUAAAUCCACGUAUUUUAAUGAAUGCUACACAAAACAAGGCUUCUGUACGAAAAUGUGAAAUUGAUUUUUUAAUGUAUUUAUUGAGUUUUCAUUCCCGUUUAUCUCCAUAUUUGUAUGUAAAAUUUGAUUGAAUUCCUCCAAGUAUUUAUUUAUGUCUGUUAUAUAUGAUGACUUAACAAUAUAUCAAUAUAUAUUAAACUAAA